AUGAUGAAGGCUAAAAAGAGGUUGCCUGGCUGCUAUUUCCAAAUUCACCCGCUGAUUCACUAUCUUGGAUUGGUUCAUAGGAGGGAUGAUGGGAUGUUUCUGAUAGGAUCGCUGGCUCGUUUUCUUCCUGGGCAAGAAGAGAGUCAAGUCGUCAUUAAUGAUGAUAAUCUUCUUCAGACCCUCACGUAA